CCGGCUGCGGUGAGUUUGACAAGAGUAUCAUAACCGGUGAACUUCACCCAAAUUUGACCACUACACCUGUAACAGUGUUUCUUAAAGAGACAGUAUCAUUAAACCAGGAUUUGAGGAACUCGAGUAUGGAGCGCUCUAAACAGAAACAGAUGAAUCAAAGUGAAAAUGAAACAGCAGGUAAAGACACUGCAGUCAAUGGGCUGCACUUUGACAGCCGGCUGAAGAUGCCCGGAUGGAGCGCCAGUGGUGCGGCAGGGGACCCGAGCUCCUUGCCGUCCUCGAGCGUGAUGGAGAGCUGGCGGGAAGAGCGCACUCGAAGUGUGGAGGACAAUGAAAUGAGCCUGCCGAGCAUCGCUGCUGCUUACACUACAAUUCUCAGGGGUCUUGGGGAAGAUCCGCAGCGACAGGGACUCCUGAAAACUCCUUGGAGAGCCGCCACUGCCAUGCAGUUCUUUACCAAGGGAUAUCAGGAGAAAAUCAUCGAUGUCCUGAAUGACGCAAUCUUUGAUGAAGAUCAUGAUGAGAUGGUGAUUGUGAAGGAUAUUGACAUGUUUUCCAUGUGUGAACACCAUUUAGUUCCUAUUUUUGGUCGGGUGCAUAUAGGUUACCUCCCAAACAAGAGGGUUCUUGGACUAAGUAAAUUGGCGCGGAUUGUUGAGAUAUACAGCAGGAGACUGCAAGUUCAAGAGCGGUUGACCAAACAGAUUGCUGUCGCCAUCACUGAAGCGUUACAGCCUGCCGGGGUCGGGGUGGUCGUCGAGGCAACUCACAUGUGUAUGGUCAUGAGAGGCGUCCAGAAGAUGAACAGCAAGACAGUGACCAGUACCAUGCUGGGUGUUUUCCGGGAGGACCCCAAGACACGAGACGAGUUCCUGACCCUGAUCCGGAGCUGAAAGGGUCGGCCUGCGCUCUCCACUGCCAAAACACUCGGACCAGCCCCCGUCAUCUCAAAGGAGCUUCUGCCUCCAAACGAGGCACUGCUGCUGUGUAACAUAGUGUCCCACCCACAUAUGGGGUGGUUACCUCGAUAAAACAUCUCCUCUGUAUCACGUGUCUGUGUGUGUGUGUGCUCGCAUGUAUGUCAGUGAUCGGGGUCUUGUUCUCUGUGGUUCAUCAUGUUUAAUCAGUAGAGCUUUGGGAGUCUCUAUUGACAAAACUGUGGUUGUUGCUGUUACAUGGAGACACUAUAUUUUCGAUAAUGAUAAUCCCUUCAAAAGUUUAAAAGGAUAGUUCUCUCAAAAAUGCGGUCAUUAUUUACUCAUGCCUUUUUUUUUUUUUUUUUGUUCCAAACCCCUAUUUCUUUCUUCCAUGGAAUACAAAGGAGAUGUUCCAUACAAUGAAAGUGAAUGGUGACUGAGGCUACCAUUUUGCAUCUCCUUUUGUUUUCCACGGAAGCAAGCAAGUCAUAUGGAUUUAAAAUAACAUAAGGGUGAGUAAAUGCAAACCGAAUUAAAAUUUUUGGGUGAACCAUCACUUUAACCUGACAAAAUAGCACAAUUAGGUCUCGCUAAACUGUCAAGCACCAAACCCACUGAAAUUUGUUUACAUCUCUUUCCUGUUGGGUCAUAUUUGUGCUCUAUUAAGCGCAAUUGAGUUGCAUGAGAUAUCUGACAAAAAUGUUUUGUUUUCACCUUUUGAUAAGGGUGGAAUAAGUAAUUUCAAAAAUCUGGAAAAUGUGAAAAAUUUUUACAAAUAUAACCCUAACCAAAAAUACUGUGGUGGUUCCAUGGUACAGUUGUGUAUCAGAUGGUAAUACACCAUGUUGAUAUAUACCAUGGUACUGGAUGUCUGCCAUAUUCAUAUUUUAUGAUAUUUACAUGGUAUUACCAUGAUACAUGUCUAAAAACAUGGUAAUACUAUGGUACCUUAAUAUAAAUAAUCACCUUAUUCACAUACCAUGAUAUUUACAUGUUACUCAAGGUACUUCAAAAUUAUUACUAUGGUAUUACCAUGGGAUCAUCUCCAAAAAACAUGGCAACACCAUUGUACUUUGAUAUAUACUUUGGUACUAAAUGAUUACCUUAUUCAAAUACCAUGGUAUUUACCUGCUACUCUAAGGUACUUCAAACAAUGUUUAUUGCUAUGAUACAUGUCAAAACACAUUCUACUACCAUGGUACCAUUUACAAAAACAUGGUAAUACCAUGAUACUUUGAUAUAAAUUAUUACCAUAUUCACAUACCAUGAUAUUUACAGGGUGCUUAAAGGGAUAGUUCACCCAAAACAGAAAAUUCUCUCAUCAUUUACUCAUCAUCAUGCCAUCCCAGGUGUGUAUGACUUUCUUCAGCAGAACACAAAAGAAGAUCAGAAGACAUGGAUUUAACCAAUGGAGUCAUAUGGAUUACUUUUAUGCUGACUUUAUGUGCAUUUUGGAACGUCAAAAUGUUGGCACCCAUUCACUUGCAUUGUGAGGACCUACAGAGCUGAGAUAUUCUUCUAAAAAUCAUAACUUGUGUUCUGCAGAAGAUAGAAAGUCAUACACAUCUGGGAUGGCAUAAGGGUGAGUAAAUGAUGAGAAAAUUUUCAUUUUUGGGUAAACUAUCCCUUUAUGAGAUUACUAUUACUAUGUCUAAAAACAUGGUAAUAGCAUAAUAAUUUGACAAAUUAUUAUCAUAUUUAAUAAAAUUAUAUUUAUAGGAUACUCAAGGUAUUUAAAAAAAUAUAUUUCUAUGAUAUUACCAUGGUACAGUAUGUCCAGAAAACAUGCUAAAACCAUAGUACUUUGAAAUACCACAGUACUAAAUAAUUGUAAUAUUCAUAUACCAUGAUAUUUACAUGCUAUUCCAAAGAACUUCAAAGAUUACAUUGGUAUUACCAUAGUACAAGUCCAAAAACCAGUAUUAUUACCAUGGCACCAAAAUGGUUUUACCAUUAGUAGCCUACUUUUCUGUAAGUUAAUUGUCCCAAAAGUGUUUUAACGAUCCUUUACUUAUCUAUUGAAGCUACGUCGUCCUAUAAAAUAUUUUAUAUAAUGUGUCCGUCAGUCAAUAAUUGUGCCCAGACCCACAGUAUCAUCUGUUUUUAUGCUUGAUCAAACAAAGUGUUUGUUUAAACUCAUCAUUAACAGUAUUUACAAAGUCCUAACAUGUUUUGUGCAACACUAUUAUUUUAUGUAUUAAAUCAGCUGUCUGAAAUGUUGAAUAUUGCAUGUUAAAGUGAUGACCUGGUCCAGCCUUCUAAAUGUUCUGUCUUUAUGGCGAUAGAUGUUGUUUACACGCUGAAGGUUGUAUUUUUUAUUUGUUGGGAAAAAGACCAAAGGUGAAAGGUGCAGUUGAGGUCAACGUAGUCGCUGAUUGUGCACACUAUGAGAGAUAUACAGAAAGUAUUUGUAUUGAUGUGAACUUUAUAAUUAAAAACCAUGAAGAAAAGAUGGAGAGCUAAUGACUAAUAAUAUAAUAUUUUAAGAUUCUACAUUUGUAGAACAUAUUUUGUGUUUACUCUGACGCAUGUUUAAUUGUCCUUGUGUACAAGUUAGAAUAUAUACAGUAGAUAUGUAUCAUUUUAGAGAAUGAAUUCUAUAAAAGGGAUAGGAUCGUUCACCCAAAAUUCUGAGAAUUGCGUUAUCAUUUACUCACCCUCAUGUUGUUCCAAACCUGUAGGACUUUAUUUUUUUCUAUGGAACACAAAAGAUGUUAGGUAGAUUGUUAGUCAUCAUCCACUUUCAUUGCAUCUUUUUUUUUUUUCUCCAUAUGAAGAAAGUCAUACAGCUUUGUAACAACAUGAGGGUGAGUAAAUAAUGACAGAAUUUCCAUUUUUGGGUGAACUAUCCCUUAAAAAUCUGAAACAACAGUUACUAUGGUUUUAUUGAUACUGUAUUGCCUGUGUGUGUGUGUGAUUUUUUUUGUUUUUUUUUUUAUUUUUGUUUUUGGUAAACAUUUCUAUCAAGUUUGUUUGGACAAAAAAAGUUCUAAAAAUAACAGUUGCUUCUGAGGUUUUAAAGACAGCAUAUAAGAUGUUUUAAUGUCACAAUCACUUCGUAUCAGAAUCAGAGUCAAGAAAAUGAGCACUUGAUAUUAAGAAAUCUAGUGUUAUUCAUGUGGCCUUCUUUAGAGACUCAAUAAACCUUUCAUACGCUUCAUACUUUACAAUUGAAGUUCAUCAUCAUUUUCAUCUUAAAAAAUAAAUCUUAAGUAAAAUUGUCUUAUUUUUAAAGCAUUUCUUUCCUGGUCUUUUCCAAGUAGUGGAAUCUGAGGGGGUUCGGUAGAGAGCAAAGCACAGGUAGAAAUUUCAAAAGGUUCAGUAUAAACAGAUAAACAUACUUGCACUGAGUAUCAAGUUAAUUAUUAAGAAUUCACUAGCAAGAUAUAUUUAAAACCACUUUCAUUCAUUUACAUAUAGGAAUACAUCUACUUUCUCUUUUAAAUCUUUUUCCUUACAACUUUGAAGAACAACACUGUCCACCUGUGUGACAGUUUCAUGGGGCCCAUUAUCAAUGUGUUAAUAAAACAGUUAGUUGAGAGUGACACAGCAUUUUUCUUUUACAGAAGGCUCUGCCUCUUGGCAAUAGAAAUCUGUUUCGGGCUCUCUGAUUGGUUGAAAUCGAGAGGAGGCAGUAAAUUCCUCCCAGACUCAUGUGGUUACACUGAAUACGAGGGCAAAGCUUCCUUCAUACCAUUCAAACACAUCUUGUUUGAAAUCAGAGAAACAAAAACACAUGGCAUCCUUUCCAAAAGUUACUCUUUAAUAUUUUUCAUCUGUGGUUGUUAUAAAGAUGUCAAGAAUUGAACACAGACCCAAUGAAACAAACAAAAAACACAUUCAAUGGACAGACAGAACAUUAUAGACCCAACACACACACACACACACACAAGAGUAUAAUCUCCCAUUUUCAUCCCAUUUAACCAGAUCACAUACACGGGCCCCCACAGAAACUAGUCACUGGCCAAUAAAAAAAAAAACUCUUCUUUUCUUGACUGAAGUGAUUUGAAAUAUUUCAGUGGUAUCAUCUUUAAGUGAAUCGCAUCUGUAUAAACCUGUGCUAAAAUAAACAUAGCCUUAAAGGGACAGUUCACCCAAAAAUUUAAAUUCUGUACUCACCCCCAUGUUGUUCCACGUUUGGACUGCUCAAUUCAAGAGGCUGAGGACUGUAAAGGGGGCUGUAAAGCUUCAAAAAAGACAAAAACCCAAAAACAACAUCACAACAGUAGUCCAUUUGACUUGACAUAUACAACUCAAAUCUUACUUGACAGCAUUGGUCACCAUUUACUUUCACUGAAUGAAAAAGAGCAGCUUGGAGAUUCUACUAAAUAUCUCCUUUUGUGCAAUAUGAAAGAAAGUCAUACAGGUUUAGAACGACUUUUUUGGAUGAACUAUAGCUUUAAUAUGAGCAGUGACUCUGUCCCUUGGGUAUCAUACAGAUGUGACACCUCACAGGUAUCUGGAGGAGGAAAAAUCGGCUUAAAUGCUAUGUUGUAACAUUUUCUAACAAGAUUUAUGCACAAAAUUACAAGGCAAUGUGGUUUCUUUCUCACCUGGAUACACAGUGUCAUGCUCACACACAUACAAACAAAUAAAAUAUAUAUAUAUAUAUACAUCUGUGUGUUGUACAGACCGGUAUAAUUUAUAACUUCAUAUCAUCAUUGAAAGUACCUAAAGCAUACAGAUGAACAUGAACAACCAGCACUCUCCUAUCAAACCAACGGGAGCUAACAUAUUGUAAAUAGCUCGUAUGGACUUUGUAUGAUUUAAAGUUUUGAACAUCAAUGCUUAUGUCUGUAUUUUAGAGCCAUAUAAAAUCAUUUACAUUUGGGGUAAAUGUCUGAAUAAUAAUAAUAAUACAAAAAAAAGGCACUGCCAUUUGUUAUUCUACAUAGCCUAUUCUAGAUAUGACCUCUCAGCCUCUCGCAUGCAUCUCUAAAAUAUAAAUAACCAUGUUUUUCUUUUCUUUUUUACAUUUAGGUCUUUUUUAUUUAAUUACAUUUUUUUUUCAUAAACAUAGGAUUCUUUUAAAAUAUAUAUAUUUUUAUAUAUACGUAUAUGUACGUCAGCCUGCAGUCAAUACAGGACAUCGGCUCUCGAAAUAACAAAACGAAAACAAAACAAAGAAAUAAAUCAAAGAGCAGAAAGACCCUUGUUACAGUAUAGAUGCAAGUUUAAAAAAACAACAAAAACAAAACAAAAUAAUAAAAUCAAUCAGCAUCGGAUAUUUUGCAAUAUGCUAAUGUGCAGAGCCUAAUACAAAACAAUCUAACGAUAAAGGCAUUAUCAACGGCAAAAUCCAUUGUGUUGCGGAAUACCAAGGUAGCAUGUAUACGUUAAAAUUGUUACAGCAUUGUUUAUUUUUGCUGCAUGGUUGCAGACAAAUGCAUUUGGACAAAAACAUACUAAAGCUUAAAGGAAUAGUCCGUGUUCAAUAAGUUAAGCUCAUUCGACAGCAUUUGUGGCAUUAUGUUGAUUACCACAAAAAAAAUUCUUUCAACUUGGAAAAAUCUGGGUUACAGUGAGGCACUUCCAAUGGAAGUCAAUGGUGCCAAUUUUUGGAGGGUGUCGAUUAGCUUAACUUGUAUUGAACCCGGAACAUUCUUUUAACUCGACUCAAUCCAACGCGAGUUUAUAUAAAGCGGCGAGAAGUGCCACAUCGGUGAAAGACAUCCGUCUAGCAAAAAACAGCAAUACUCAUAAUUUUUUAAUAUUCAAUCACAAGUAAGCGGCAUUCAUCGGAAAUAUCUACAAUCAAGUUGUCAAUGGGGCUGGAUGCAUUUGGCAUUUAACUUACUGUAAUGUAACAGUUGAGGUGAUCAGACAAGUGAACUUUCAGAAAUUCAAAACAGCAACAGAAAAACAGAAGAUAAUGUAAAACAAUGCAAACAAAACUGGCUCUUUGUUUACAACGAUGUGACAAAGUAAAAAAAAAAAAAAAAAAAAAAAAAAA